GUUCCUCCCAACGAGCUUGUAAACAAAUAUCUGUGCCAUGGCUAAGUAAGUCUCUCCCCCAAAUACCGCCCCACGUUCUGCGAGUCCAACAAACUAAUCAUGGCCGACAGCAAUAUCCUCUUCCUCCCGUUCCGCAAGACCAACAGUCUCGCUCUGUCAUCUGCAAUCAAACAAUACAUAUCCAGCAAAUAUGAGCAGCAUCCCGACAUGUUCAAGCAGGACCUGGAGGUCAUCGAUGCCCUACGACGGGAUGUCGUCCAUGUACGCGAACCGCAUACGAGUGGGAUCAAGAAGAUAGCUGCUUAUGCGGGACAAAUAUCUUGGAUGGGAGGAAAGUUCCCUAUUGAUGUAAGAUUCUACAACCAACCGGACAAGAGCGAAGAAGGAGAAACUGAUGCAGUUGCAGAUUGGAGUUGAUUUCGUUUGGUAUCCUGCGCUGGGAUAUAAUGUUGAGCGACCGAUUACGGAGAAUAACCUCAAAUUCGAGUUAGCGAACGUCCUCUAUAAUCUUGCGGCACUUUACUCGCAAUUAGCAACGAACUCUAAUCGUGGGACGACGGAGGGACUGAGAGCAGCUUGUAAUUAUUUCUGCCAGGCUGCGGGGGUGAUUUCACAUAUCAAGACGGAGAUCAUACCCGAAUCAAGAACGACCCCACCAGAAGAUAUGGAUGACAGUACACUCGAGUCUCUGGAAUAUUUAAUGCUGGCACAAGCCCAGGAGUGCUUUUGGCAGAAGGCUGUCAUGGAUGGGUACAAAGAUGCAUCUAUAGCGAAGUUGGCUGCUAAGGUCUCGGACUUUUACGGUGCUGCUGGGGACUGGGGUGUUAAGAGUGAGGCGGUUAGUUCGGAGUGGAUACAUCAUACUACCGCAAAACACCACCAUUUUGCUGCGGCUGCGCAGUACAGGCAAGCCUGUGAUUGUUUGGAGAAGAGAAAGUAUGGGGAGGAGGUUGCGAGAUUGAGAGACAGUAUUGCUUGUGUCAAUGAGGCUUUAAAGGAAGCGCGAUAUUUAAAUAAGGUCGUCUUGGGGGAUCUGAACGGACUGAAAAAUAGAGUCACGGAGGAUUUGAAACGAGCUGAGAAGGAUAAUGACCUGAUAUAUCUAAGUGAGUCAUGCGGAAACAUCAGGAUGUUUCUAUACUGACCUUGUAGAUCCCGUACCGCCAAAAUCAGAACUCAAAACUCUUGAGAGAGCCAAUAUGGCAGUUUCGAAAGUCCCAAAAGAGAUAUCGGAGCCCGCUAGCUUCAUUGGAGAUACAAAAGAGUUCGGACCACCACUUUUUGCAAAGCUAGUUCCAUUUGCUGUACAUGUAGCUGCCAGUAUCUACGAAGAAAGACGAGACCGACUCGUCAACGAUAAUAUCAUCGCCCAACUAGAAAUACUCACCAACAAAAUCCACGAUACACUUCGCUCUCUCAAUCUCCCAGGUUCACUCCAAGCGCUGGAAAAACCAUUGGGACUACCACCAACUCUCACCGCUCAUGCCGAAGAAAUCAGACAAGCAGAUGCUUUGACACGAUUGCAACGUUCCUUUUCUGAUACCGCAAAACUGAAAUCCUCAGAUGAAGGACAAUUUGCGGAAGGCAGAGAGCUUCUUCAAGCAGAAGCAUCUGAAGAGCAAAGACUACGACUGAAAUACGGCACAGACAGAUGGACACGCGACGACUCUCGAACUGCAGCAGCAAAGCUCUAUGCUAAAGCUGAUGAAAUUGGCGGUUACCUUAAGGGCGCAGCAAGUAGCGAUGCCUCGGUCCUACAGAAAUUUCGCAAAUGCGAAGACAUGCUGCGAAUUCUCUCCGGGUCGGACCGGGAUAUCGGGAACUUUGUGCCCAGUUCUCGUCGUGUUGCGAUACCACCUCAGCUCGAAGGAGAUGUAUCACGACUGAGAAGUAGCCUCAACGAAGUUUCGCGUCUCGAAUCCCGGCGUCGUAGAAAAAUCGAGGCACUUCGAGAAAAGGCAAAAAAAGACGACAUAAAUACCUCGAUCCUCGCCGAGGCGGCCCGCUUAGAACGUGAGUACCCAAGUCAGAGUAUAGCCGCAGUCCACUUUGAAGAUUUCUUCGACCAGCGCCUCACAAAAUACGAUGUUGAUUCGCAGGCUUUGCAAUCCGAUAGCGAGGAACAAGAUUUAUUGUUACAGGCACUGGAAGAGGCUAAUUCUCGCUUCGUGGCGGGGAGGAAGGGCGAUAAGAGUUCCAAGGAGAGAGAGCAGGCGCUGCAAAGUCUAGAGACAGCGUAUUGGACGUACAAGGAGAUUGUUAGAGACAUCGAGGGAGGGCGGAAAUUCUACAACGAGCUUGCCAAUUGGGUGCAGAAGUUUCGGAACGAGUGUAGGGAUUUUGUGUAUCAGAGGAGAGAGGAGGCACAGGUUUUGGAAUCGUAUGUCGCUUUUCAUGCACAAUCUGUUGAACACAUUACUAACUCCUCACAGCGAACUUUCCCUCCCUCUCCUCCCACCCCUCUCAUCACUAAAUAUCCACCACCCACCCCCUCCCCUACAGUCCCCGCUCCAACCAACCCCAUCUCAGCAACCCCAUCCUGUCUCGCCUCACCCACGAGCCGACAUCUCCGCACCCGUACCUCAGCGAACUAGUAUCCAGAGUCCCGGUUUGAUGGCGGGUGGAACCUGGGAUCCCGGGAUGGGUAUCAAGUUCGGUGGGACGGGCGGUGGUGCGGGUGCGCCGGCGGGUGGGAACCAGACUUGGGAUCCGAAGAGAGGGUUUAAGUUUGGUUGAUGGAAUGA